GUUUUACUAUAUUGGAAAACGGUAAACGGAUGAAUAUGAGGUAAAACACCCUGGUUCGAAGCACAACCUUAAUGCAAAUGUAAAUGCCUUCCACAACCACGAAAGGCAAUGAUUGGUAAGACUCGCGAAGACGUUCACGUCGCCAUUGCUGGUGCUGGCAUUGCUGGUUCGGCUUUGGCCAUAAGUCUGCACAGGAAAGGCAUUUUCUUCAAUAUCUAUGGAGCAGCUAAGGAGUACUCCGUCGUUGGUGCCGGUAUUGACUUUGGUCCCAAUAGAAUGCGAGCUCUUGACCUCAUCGAACCCGGCUUUCGCCAUUUGUACGAGGCCCUCUGUACUACCAACAAAGGCGAAAGGACUGAGCACAUUUUCUUUGAAGGUUCGCUUCUCGGUGAAGACGUCGGCCGAGAACAGCAGCGAUUUGGCAACUCUGCUUGGGGUCAUCCUGAUUAUGUACGCAAAUCUUUCCUGGAGUUGGUUGAGCAGCACCCUCAUAGGGUCAUCCUCAAAUUCGCCGAUGGUACAACAGCUGAGGCGUCUCUGCUCGCCGGCUCCGACGGGAUUGAGAGUGUCGUUCGAGUGGACAUACUCGGACCUUCUUCCGACAGGAGGUGGCACCAAUAUUACUUCGGGGUCAAUUUUCUCUCCGCGAAGAUAGGCUCGAAUCCUUGGGUCAUCGAGAAGAAGUCAAUGACGGAGACAACGACACAUGAGGCUAUGAUGGCUGAGUUCAAGGGAAAAAAUAUGGACCCUGGCUCGAUGCUGAUCCUUGCCAAACAUCGGCCUGUCAAGUGGGGCCUCAUCCAUCACUGGCGCACAUCCACUUACUACCAGGGCCGUUCUGUUCUCUUGGACAAUGCAGCCCAUGCCUCCAUGCCUUUCCAAGCUGUUGGUGCUGCCCAGGGAGUAGAAGAUGCCCUGGUGAUGAUGGAAGUGCUCGCCAAAGUCGCAGAGACGCAUGAAAGCUUCGGUGAUACGGACGCCCAUAUGAAUGCAGGUCUCGAGCCUUACGAUGCCGUGCGUCGCUCUCGAGCUCAGCACCAGUGA